CGUUAUAAAAAUGUGUCUUUAAAAUGUGAUGCAUGAUGUUACCUUUUUGAGAGGAGUAUAAUGUCGACCCGAAAACACAUUUUACCUGCUAAGGCCUACUUGACAAACAUAUUUGGUUUUGUUAGUCUAAAGUGGCACCUUAACAUUUGAUCUGUUUGGUGUCGAACACGUGCCUUCCUGUCGAGUACACUAGAUAUAUAAGUUGGGAGUAUAUCGGUUAGUUUGUCUUCGGUUGAUACAACAUGGCGGCCAUUACUCAAUUGUGUCUUCUUGUCGCAGUUUUACCAACAGUUCUGACCAUAACGUGCACAAACAAGCCAAAUGGGAUAUAUGAGCACGGAUGUCGUGCAUGGACCACGUGUAUAAACGGGAUUGCCAACACCACAGAGUGUAAGGAGGAGCACGUGUUCGAUUCACAGACACAGGAGUGCCGAGAUCCAAGUCAGGUUCCACCUCCCUGUGGGAUGCUGAAGGAUUGCACUAACCUCAAGGAUGGGAAGUACGCCGAUACUGGUCAGAAAUGCCAAACCUACUACACAUGUUCCGGGGGAACCUUCUUUGGACACAAUUUUUGUCCUAAAGGUACCGUCUUUAAUGAAGUUCUCCAAUCAUGUGACUGGCCCCAGGACACGCCCCCGCCAUGUGGAACUCUCCAUAUAACAACGCCUUGAGCGAUCGUUCAUAAAUAAACAUGUUAAAAAAAUUA